GUGACGUCAGGCGAAGUAGCAAAGUCAUUAGGAAGCAGUGUGGUUUAUCAACGUGUUUGUGUUGUUAUUUUACUUGCUUUCUGCGAAUGUACUUCAGCGAAAACGAGAACUCUGCCAGUUGACACAAACUGUGCAACUCCUGGGAAUAAUACUAAGCGGCAUGAGACUGGAAGUAGGGCGGUAUUUACUGGUGAUCAUCAUCGGGAUUUGGUGCCCGAUUUUGUCCCAAGGUGCCGAAAAUGAAGCCACCACAUGUUCAUCGGACACAUUCCAGUGUAAACGUGAGAUCAGUGUGGGCUACCAGUGUAUUCCUCUCAACUGGGUGUGUGACGGAGAUCAUGACUGUCCUGAUGGUGACGAUGAGAAAGCAAACUGCAGCAUUCCAACAUGUGCUUCAUGGCAGUUUACCUGCACAAAGGGUGCGGCAAGGUGUAUAACACAGGGCUAUAUUUGUGAUGGUGAGGAGGACUGUACAGACGGGUCAGAUGAAACACCAGAAGUCUGCAAGAAUCGUAUGUCGAAAGGAUCUCAUAUCAAAGGUGAAAAGGUAGAUAAUUUUAAGUGCUUACCGAACCACUACCAGUGUCCAGGGACACACCACUGCAUUCCAUUAUCAAGCGUCUGUGAUUCAAUAACCGACUGCGCCGAUGAUGCUGCUGAUGAAGGUGCCCAUUGUGUUAAUCAUGGUUGUAGGAAGCUGAACUGCUCAUAUUUGUGUAAAGAAACAUUACAGGGACCCAUGUGUUACUGCAGAAAUGGCUUCGCUCCUGAUGCCGCUGCUUGCCAAGAUUUCAAUGAGUGUCAGGUAGACGACUUCUGUGAUCAGGCCUGUACGAACUUACAGGGUUCCUACAUGUGUAACUGUAGUGAUGGCUAUACACUACAGAAGAACGGAUACUGCAAAGCAGACAAUUCCUCUUCUGCCACAUUACUGAUCUCUGACUAUCGAAAUGUGAUCCAGAUAAAACUUGAUGGUUCAGACUUAUCUCCUGCUUACAAGAUCGGUGGGGAUCAAAUUUUAGCACUUGAUUAUGAUUUAAAAAACAGCCAGGUUUGCUGGAUAACAUUUGAACAUCAAAAUGGGACCACCAACUUAAAAUGUGCUGACCUCAAAGAUUCUUCAAAACAGUGGACAAUACCAACACAGUAUAAACUGAGCUCUGUGGACCAAAUUGCCAAAGACUGGGUAUCGGGGAACUGGUAUUUUGUUGAUGGCAAGAAAGAGCGGAUAUUCCUGUGCAAGGCUGAUGGCCUCCAUUGUUUGACUGUUAUUAGCACAGAGAUGAGACGACCAAAAAGUAUUGCAAUUGACUCGACACGUGGAUUGAUGUUUUAUGCUGACUGGUCCUUACAAGCCAAGAUUGUUCGAGCAGAACUUGAUGGCAGAAACCGAAAGAAUAUCACAACAUCAAAAAUAGUCCACCCAAAUGGAAUUACACUGGACUAUGUGAACAAACACGUGUACUGGGGCGACUCGUUCCUCAACAUUAUCGAGAGGGUGGACUAUGAGGGCAAUGGAAGAAAAACUAUUUCUCAGGGACUUAAUAUUCGUCAGCGGUACGGUUUGACUCUGUUUGAGAACUUCCUGUACGUGUCUAACCACCAGGUGAACAACAACAGCGUGGUUCGCAUCCACCGCUACAACUCCUCGGUGACGCCUGUCAUCGUUCACAGUGGUCUGCUCAAACCCGGCGCACUGCAAGUCGCACACGCCGUCAGACAGCCGGGAUCUACUGACCUCUGCAAGAAGAAGGCCUGUGAACAGAUCUGUAUUCCUGUACCAGAUGGUCUAUCAGUGAAGGCAAAAUGUGUCUGUCGGGCAGGCUUUACUCCACUUCCUGAUAAUGACACCAAGUGUCACAGAAACAAUGCCACGACAUUCCUGCUUUACGCUAAUGCACAGCAAGGCAGUAUUCAUGGUAUAUCCAUAAAUCCAUCCACACAGUCCGACGUCAUGGAACCCAUUGAAAAUCUCAACCGACCAAUCGCAUUGGCCUAUCAUGCAGCCUCUCGUUAUAUCUACUACUCUGAUGUUAGCUUGCUUCAGAUUGGCCGGAGGAAAGUAGACGAGGCAUCAGAAAAAGCUGAACACUUCCUAGAUGCAGGUGUUACAAGCUGUGAGGGGCUGGCCAUCGACUGGGUUGGUAACAACUUGUACUGGACGGACGAUGGCCUGCGCACCAUCAGCGUUGUGCGUCUCAACAACAGAUCCAUGUCGUACACCAUCCAGAUAGAAAACCUGAACCACCCCAAGGCAAUAGCAGUCGACCCAAACGAAGGAUACAUGUACUGGACAGACUGGGUUCUGAGACCCUCCGAAAUCAAGCCGAAGAUUGAGAAGUCCACCCUUGAUGGUGAGAACCGUGUGGUUCUUGUGGACAAAUCCAUUCAGUGGCCGAACAGCCUGACGCUGGAUUCCCACACAAAGAGGCUCUACUGGACGGAUGCUUACUUUGAUCGGAUUGAAUCGAUCGGCAUCGACGGGUCAGAGAGAAAGACUUUACUUUCCUUCCAUUCUCUGAAGCACCCAUACGGCAUCGCGGUCUAUCAAAACCUCAUCUUCUGGACUGAGUCCUUGUCUGGAUGGGUGGAAAUGCAUAACACCACCAGCAACACCACGCAACAGCUACGUAUGGACAGCACCCCUCUGUUUGACCUCAUCAUCGUCAACGUCGACACUCAACAGAUCAAAGAUGGUGCCCCAUGUGCUAAAAACAAUGGAAUGUGUUCAGAUAUUUGUAUAUCUUUACCCAAUGAUCAUGUUUGCAAGUGUGGAAAAGGAAGGCUAAUCACAUCAGACAACAAAACUUGCGAAGACAUUCCGGACUACACCCCUCCAUCUGCGUGUGACGAGAACUUCAAGUUUGAGUGUAAGGACGGCAGCUGUAUCAACAAACGGUUCUUGUGUGACGGGGACCAGGACUGUAACGACGGGUCAGACGAGGAUAUCAGUAAGGAUGGAGUCUGUGGUAACAUUUCCUGCCCUGACCCAUCGAUGUUUUCGUGCAGCAACAAGCGCUGUAUCUACAUGCAGUUUGUCUGUGACGGAGAGGCCGACUGCACCGAUGGCUCCGAUGAGAAAUCCGACCUUUGUCACCAACAGAGAGCCUGCCCUCAGAAUUAUAGUCUGUGCACAGAAAAUGGUCGGUGCAUUCCUGAAAGCUGGAAAUGUGACCAUGAAAAAGACUGCCCCGAUGGUUCAGAUGAAGGUGUUAAGUGUGGCUAUGAUAACUGUGAGAUCGACCAAUUCCGAUGUCACGACGGCCGCUGUAUUCCCUACGUCUACCGCUGUGACAACGAAUACGAUUGCUCAGACCACUCGGAUGAGAGUGACUGUGGUCAGUGGUGUGAUCCUGACAGGGAGUUCAAGUGCAAGGACUCUGGAGAAUGUUUGCCUCUCAUUUACCGCUGUGACCACGAACAGAACUGUAAAGAUGGGUCUGAUGAACAGAACUGUGAUAAUCCUUGUAAGGACAGUGAAUUCCACUGUAACAGCAGCGAUUGUAUCAACCGGUCAUGGCGAUGCGACGGCGACGAAGACUGUGUAGAUGGGUCAGAUGAGUGGGGAUGUAACAUGGACCUGACCCAUUCAUGUCACCCUAGCCAGGAGUUCCUGUGUAAGGACAAGAGUCGGUGUAUCCCCAAGUCGUGGCAGUGUGACCGCGACAAUGACUGUGUCGACAAGUCAGACGAACUUGACUGCUCGUACAUCUCUCCGUGUGAGGCUCCCAAGUUCACGUGUAAGAACAACACCAACAUCUGCUUCCCCCCGGAGAAGCUCUGUGAUGACCAUGUCGACUGUCCAGACCACUCUGACGAAGGCCGACUAUGUGCAUAUAACAUGUGUGCAAAUCACGACUGCAGUCAUAUCUGCCACAAGUCUCCUGACGGAUUUGUCUGCUCAUGUCCAAAACACAAGAGACUUCGCGCAGACAAUAGGACAUGUUUUGAUAUAGACAUUUGUGAACACUGGGGCAUUUGCAGUCAGAACUGUUCAUCCAGUUUGGAUGGUUACCAGUGUCUGUGUUACAAAGGUUAUAACCUGGCUGAUGAUUUCUACAGCUGCAAGCCAAACGAUGGAGUCCCAAUCUACAUCAUCUACUCGAACCGCCAUGAAAUCCGCCGCUAUGAUUUAGGAGAUCAAAGUUUUGUGUCACUGGUGUCCGGACUGCGCAAUACAAUCGCCGUAGAUUUCUACUAUGAUAUGCCGUCAGGAAUAUGGAUUUUUUGGACUGAUGUAGUGGAUGAUAAGAUUUAUCGUGGAAGAAUGAUUUCAUCAACUCUGACGAACAUUGAGGCCAUCAUCGAUGUGGGCCUGGCGACCACGGAGGGUCUGGCCAUCGACUGGGUUGCGAAGAACAUCUACUGGGUGGAGAGUAACCUCGACCAGAUUGAGGUGGCCAAGCUGGACGGCACCAACCGGUCAACGCUGAUCGCUGGAAACAUGACCAGUCCACGCGCCAUUGUGCUCGACCCGAGGGAGGGGGCUCUCUUCUGGACAGACUGGGAUGGCUCCGAUCCCCGGAUUGAAGGCUGUUCUAUGAGUGGAGAGAACCGCCACACAAUUUACGACAUCAAGCGAAUCCCGACCGGCGGCUGGCCCAACGGUCUGGCUGUGGACUACGAGGAGCGCAGACUCUACUGGAUAGAUGCAAGGUCCGACUCGGUUCACACGAUUCUGUACAGUGGAGAAGGCCACCAUCUGGUUAUCCAGAGCCACGAGAGUCUGGCUCACCCGUUCGCGCUGACCAUGUUCGAACACCAUAUCUACUGGACUGACUGGAGCACCAACUCGCUCGUCAUGGGCAGCAAGUUUAACAACUCUGGUGUUGAGAUAAUUCAACGGACAUUUACUCAACCUUUUGACCUUCAAAUACUACAUCCUAAACGACAACCUCAUGUGGAUAACCCGUGUAAAGACAAUGGCGGCUGUUCUCACCUGUGUCUGAUCGGUGUCAACCACACACCUCACUGCAAGUGUCCUCACCGGAUGAAGCUCCUCGCCGACAAGAAGUCAUGUGAAAGUGACAAUAAAUUCCUGCUGUUUGUCAAGGAGAAUGAGAUCCGCGGCGUCGACCUGGACAAUGGCCACUACAACGUGAUUCCGUCGAUCACCGUCCCCUUCGUGGAGAAUGCCACCACCAUCGACUACGACGUGCAGGAGGAUCGCCUCUACUGGACCGACAUCAAGCGCAAUGUCAUCCGCAGCGCUUUCAUCAACGGCACAGGCAUAGAAACCAUCAUAGAUUCAGGUAUUUCGAAUCCCCGAGGGUUCGCGAUUGACUGGGUGUCUCGGAACAUGUACUUCUCAUCGUACGACGAGACCAAGAAGGAGGCGGCCAUCUCGGUUGCCAAGUUGAACGGCGCAUUCCGCACCAAGGUUGUGAGCAGCGACAGCAACACGGGCACCAUCAAGCUGAUCAAACCCACGUCCAUCGCCAUCCAUCCAAGUGAAGGCUUGCUGUUUUGGUGUGACACUGGUGGUGAGAAUCACAUGAUUGUUCAAGCGAAGAUGGACGGAAGUAAUGCCCGGGUGAUUGUCCAAGAUGCAGCUAGUCCAGCCAGCUUGUCAGUGGAUAUUGCCUCAAAUAUUUUAUACUGGAUCAGCCUGAAGAAGAAAACAGUGAACAUGUAUGACCUGACGAAGUCGCAGAUCAAGGAGACGCCCAUGCUCAACAUGACGUCCAUCAUGUCGAUGACAAUGUACGGGGAAAUCAUCUACCUGGCCAACUCCAACAACAUCAUCAAGAUCAACCGCAAAACACAGGAAGUGAAGACGAUCCGAGACAAGACGCCACACGUCUACGCCAUGCAGAUCUACGACCCUAGCAGUCGCCAGAAUGGAACUAAUGCCUGUUCAUUACGAAAUGGUGGCUGUACCCAAAUGUGUCUUCCGACCGGCAAGAUGUCGCAGAUUUGUAAAUGUACAGCAGGCUUCAACAUCAACACCAUUGAUAACAAGACCUGUGAUGGUAUUCAGUCAUUCAUGCUGUACUCCACCGAGUCUGAGAUUCGCGGGUUUUCACUCGAUGAGAAAGAUCGUGAUGCACUGGCUCCAGUAUCAAAGAUAUCUCUCGCCUCUGCCAUCGACUUCCAUGCAGUUUCAGACUACAUCUACUGGGUGGACAGUAACUCGCAGAGCAUCUCUCGAAUCAAGCGUGACCUCACAGACAGACAGAAGAUCAUCAAGGACAUCCACGGGGUCGAGGGGAUGGCCAUCGACUGGAUCUCAGGCAGCGUCUACUGGACAGACCGUGGCCAUGACAUGAUUGGGGUCUCCAAGCUCAACGGAUCGAACCGCUACAUUGUGAUGCACGGCGACAUGGAGAAACCCAGGUCCAUUUGUCUUCACCCUGUCUUGGGCUUUAUGUUCUUUGGAGACUGGGGUGCUAAGCCUAAGAUAGUUCAAGCACGCCUGGAUGGUUCUGACAGGAAGGAUUUUAUAAGCACGAACAUCAAGGCUCCGUUUGGUCUGACGGUUGACUACGACACAAACCACCUGUACUGGUGCGACAAGGACCUUGACGUCAUCGAGAAGGUUGACAUCAUGUCCGGGAAGCGCAAAGUCCUCGUCCAAAAGUUGGCAGACUGUAUGGCGCUGACCAUCUUCGAAAAACACAUCUACUGGGCUGACGCAACCCUUGACGGUGGCAGCAUCCGGCGAGCCGACACAAAACACUGGUGUGGGAGUCACAACAUUAGUAUAAAAUCGGGUGGCACUGGUUGGGAGGAAUCUGAAUCGUGGGGCACUGGUUGGAGGGAAUCUGAAUCAUGGGGCACUGGCUGGGUGGAAUCUGAAUCAUGGGGCACUGGCUGGGAGGAAUCUGAAUCAUGGGGCACUGGUUGGGAGGAAUCUGAAUCAUGGGGCACUGGUUGGAGGGAAUCUGAAUCAUGGGGCACUGGCUGGGUGGAAUCUGAAUCAUGGGGCACUGGCUGGGUGGAAUCUGAAUCAUGGGGCACUGGUUGGGUGGAAUCUGAAUCACUGAAUCACGGGGCACUGGUUGGAGGGAAUCUGAAUCAUGGGGCACUGGUUGGAGGGAAUCUGAAUCAUGGGGCACUGGUUGGAGGGAAUCUGAAUCAUGGGGCACUGGCUGGGUGGAAUCUGAAUCAUGGGGCACUGGCUGGGUGGAAUCUGAAUCAUGGGGCACUGGCUGGGUGGAAUCUGAAUCAUGGGGCACUGGUUGGGUGGAAUCUGAAUCAUGGGGCACUGGUUGGGUGGAAUCUGAAUCAUGGGGCACUGGUUGGGUGGAAUCUGAAUCAUGGGGCACUGGUUGGGAGGAAUCUGAAUCAUGGGGCACUGGUUGGGUGGAAUCUGAAUCAUGGGGCACUGGCUGGGUGGAAUCUGAAUCAUGGGGCACUGGCUGGGUGGAAUCUGAAUCAUGGGGCACUGGCUGGGUGGAAUCUGAAUCAUGGGGCACUGGUUGGAGGGAAUCUGAAUCAUGGGGCACUGGUUGGAGGGAAUCUGAAUCAUGGGGCACUGGUUGGGUGGAAUCUGAAUCAUGGGGCACUGGCUGGGUGGAAUCUGAAUCAUGGGGCACUGGCUGGGUGGAAUCUGAAUCAUGGGGCACUGGCUGGGUGGAAUCUGAAUCAUGGGGCACUGGUUGGAGGGAAUCUGAAUCAUGGGGCACUGGUUGGGUGGAAUCUGAAUCAUGGGGCACUGGUUGGAGGGAAUCUGAAUCAUGGGGCACUGGUUGGAGGGAAUCUGAAUCAUGGGGCACUGGUUGGGUGGAAUCUGAAUCAUGGGGCACUGGCUGGGUGGAAUCUGAAUCAUGGGGCACUGGCUGGGUGGAAUCUGAAUCAUGGGGCACUGGCUGGGUGGAAUCUGAAUCAUGGGGCACUGGUUGGAGGGAAUCUGAAUCAUGGGCCACUGAUGCUUUCCUCUGUUACAGGCACCAAUAGGUGUAAACAUGAUAAUGGUGGGUGUGCUGAACUCUGUCUGUUCCGCGGUAACAUGGAAAGGACCUGUGCCUGUUCAUAUGGAAAUCUCGCACCAGACAAUACAACCUGUGAAGAUUACGACGCGUUCCUGCUGUACUCCGAGGUGACUGCGAUCGCCAGUAUCCAGAUGAACAGCUACCAGGACGUGAAUGCACCGCUGGAGCCGGUGGUCAACGAGACCCACAUGAAGAAUGUCAUCGGCCUCACCUUCAACCACCGCGCCAGACGCAUCUUCUACAGCGACAUCCAGCGCGGCGACAUCCAGGCAGUCCUCUUUGAUGGAACGCACUUUGAAGUCCUCGUCGACAACGUUGGUGCAGCAGAAGGCCUUGCGUUUGAUUCGACCAAUCACUACCUGUAUUGGACUAGUUACACCAACUCGUCCAUCAGUCGUAUUGGCCUCCAUCCGGACAUUGCAGUUAAAAACCGGAAACAAGAAACCAUCAUCCAGUUGUCAAUGGAGGAUCAUCCUCGAGCCAUCGUCAUAGAUCUUUGUAAAAGUCGCAUGUUCUGGACGAACUGGAAUGACCACAAGCCGUGCAUCCAGACGUCCAUGCUGAAUGGGUAUAACGCUCAUACCAUCAUAGACAAACACAUCCGCACACCCAACGGGCUGACCAUCGACCACCGUGCACAGAAACUCUACUGGACCGACGCCCGGCUCGACAAGAUUGAACGCUGCAACUUCGACGGAACAAACCGAGACGUCAUAGUAACGGCCAUUCCCCAGCACUCGUUCGGGAUAGCGGUGUACGGCGACUUCAUCUACUGGACGGACUGGAUGUUGAGGGCAGUGCUCCGGGCCAACAAGUACGACGGGAGUGGUCUCAAGUGGCUGCGCAAGGGCAUCCAGAGACAACCCAUGGGAAUCAUCGCUGUAGCAAACGAUACCGAUGAUUGUACACUCAAUCCAUGUUAUAUGAAUGCAUUUGGCUGUGAAGAUGAAUGUACGGUCAAUGACAAAGGCAAGCCACAAUGCAACUGUACCAAAGAACACCCUGUCCUCUUGCCUGAUGGGAAGCGAUGUGCAGUGACGACGUUUAAGUGCUCUAUUACUGACUUUCUGUGUGAAGAUCGCUUCCGCUGUAUUCCAAUAGAAAAAACCUGCAACAGUAUCAUAGACUGUCCCGACGGCUCUGAUGAAAUGAAACAGUUGUGUUCACAACCUCGGAAGUGCCCUGCAGGUUUCUUCUCGUGUAACAACAGUCGGUGUGUGUCGUACAACAAGACGUGUGAUGGCCACAACGACUGCGAUGACGACUCUGAUGAGGUGGACUGCCCGUGUAAGGUGGACGAGUUCCGCUGUACCAGUGGGAUGUGUAUCCAGCAGAAGUACCGCUGUGACCGUGACGGGGACUGCCCAGACCUCUCCGACGAGAUGGGCUGCAAUCUGACGUGCAGUGACGUGGAGAUAGAAGGAGAGCCACUGGAGGGUCUGAUAUCGUGCAACACGACGUCCGCCUGUAUCUACCCCAGCUGGAAGUGUGAUGGCAGCAAUGACUGCUGGGACCGUAGUGACGAGGCCAACUGUUCAGGAACUGGUGAAAUGAAAUGUCCGCAGGAGGCCUUCAAGUGUGAAUCGGGAAGUUGUAUUCCUAAACACUGGGUGUGUGACAAGGACAACGACUGUGGGGACAGCUCCGAUGAAGCUAACUGCACGUACAACUGUGAUAAAGAUUACAUAGCCUGCACCAACGACUCGACCUGCAUUCCUAGCACGUGGCAGUGUGAUGGACACGAAGACUGUCAUGAUGGAUCAGACGAAGUCGGCUGUGGUAAUCACACGUGUCGUCCUGACGAGUUCCAGUGUCCAACAGGCCGCUGUAUUCCGUCCGCCUGGAAGUGUGACCAGGACUCUGAUUGUGACGACGCAUCGGACGAAAAAAAUACAGACGAGUGUCCACCAGUUGUGUGCGAGCCUGAUGAGUUCCUGUGUUUGAAUCGACGCUGUAUCAAGAGCAUCUACUACUGCAACGGCGACAAUGACUGUGGCGACAACUCCGAUGAACCUGACAUGUGUGUUCUCGAUGUGUGUGGGGAGCAUCAGUUUAAGUGUGCUAAUCGAGGCAAGUGUAUUCCCGACGACCAGCGGUGCAACGGUCUCUUCGACUGCCCCGAUCACUCGGAUGAAGACAACUGUACAGUGUCGCCCCCUUGUGGCACACCCACGCAGUUCAAGUGUCAGAACGGGGUGUGCAUCUCGGAGGAUCUCGUCUGUAACGGACACAACGACUGCGGGGACAAAUCAGAUGAACCUUUAGAGUGCGGAAUCAAUGAAUGUUUUGGAAUUAGCAGGCCACACAUCUGUACCCAGAACUGCACGGAUAAGAAGAUCGGGUAUGUGUGUAGCUGUUACAAUGGCUACAAGCUUCUUAACGACAGCAAGACGUGUGUAGAUAUUGAUGAGUGUGAUGUCACUUAUCCAUGCAGCCAUAACUGCAUCAAUACGAUUGGUUCAUAUUUCUGCUCGUGUCCAAAAGGUCUUGACUAUAAGCUGGAUGGCAACCACCGAACCUGCAAAGUCACUAAAAAGCCAUGGCCGGUUCUGCUGGUGUCGAACCGCUACUACCUGCGUAACGUGACUAUCCCGAAGGGAGAAACAAGCCACCUGACAGACAAACUGACCAACUCUGUGGCAAUCGACUUUGACUGGCAGGACAAGUACAUCUACUGGAGUGACAUCACCAGUCACAGCAGCAGCAUCAACCGCAUGCACUUCGACCAUGGCAACGACCGCACCGUUGAGGUUCUUCACAGCACGACAGUUCGUAAUCCUGAUGGUAUUGCUGUAGACUGGGUUGCUCGCAACCUCUACUGGUGUGACAAGACCACGGACACCAUUGAGGUGUCCAAACUGCAUGGGGUAUACCGCAAAGUUCUUAUCCGUCAGGGUUUACAGGAGCCACGUGGUCUUGAAGUGUUCCCGGCUAAAGGUCUUCUGUAUUUCACCGACUGGGGGGACCAGCCAAACAUUGGGCGCAUCUGGAUGGAUGGCACGCACAGACAAACCAUAAUAAAAGACAACCUGGCCUGGCCGAAUGCUCUAACCAUUGACUACAUGACAGAACAUAUAUUCUGGGCCGACGCGAGCCUUGACUACAUCGCCAUGGCCAGGUUGGAUGGCAGCGGCAGAAGAAUCGUUGUGUCCAACAUCCACUAUGUGCCGCAUGUAUUUGGGCUGUCCGUGUUUGAAGACCACAUCUACUGGACAGACUGGGAGAAGAUGGGCAUUUACUACACGAACAAGUUUUCAGGCAACAAGAUCACAAAGCUGGUGCUGCUUGUUCAUCGACCAAUGGACCUUCAAGUUCUUCACCCGUACAGACAGCUGCCAAUGAAUGCCAGUGUAAAUGGUGGCUACAACCCAUGUGAAAACAAUGGAGGCUGCUCUCACCUGUGUUUGCUGCACCCUGUCUUGAAAUACAACCGAAUCGCCUCCAUCUGCGCAUGUCCAGAAAAUCACUACCUGGCCGCGGACAAGAAAACAUGCAUUUCGAACUGCACCAGUGCCCAGUUUCUGUGUAAUGCGACGUCCAAGUGUAUUCCGUUCUGGUGGAAGUGUGACAACCAUACAGACUGUGAAGAUAGCUCGGACGAACCGCCAACGUGUCGACGGUAUUAUUGCAGUCAGCCAGGCCUGUUUCAGUGUGACAAUGCGAAGAGUGCUGAAGACUGUUAUCUCCCCACUGUUAUAUGUGACGGAACCGCCAAGUGUUCAGACAACUCGGAUGAAAAGAAUUGUGAUGUGUACUCUUGCAUGGAGCACCAGUUCAAGUGUCACAGCAAUAGCACAUGCAUCUCGAAGGCUCUGCGAUGUAACAGUCACAAUGACUGUAUGGGUGGCGAGGACGAGGCAGACUGUCCAACUACAACGUGUAACCCAAACCAGUUCAACUGUUCAAAUGGUCGGUGUGUGCCGUACGUGUGGCGGUGUGACCAUGACAACGACUGUGGUGACUGGAGCGAUGAACCUGAAAACUGUACACAACUCAGUUGCAAGGACGACCAUAUAAAGUGUGAGAAGAGUGGUCGGUGCAUUCCGAAGGCGUGGACAUGUGACGGUGACCCAGAUUGUGGAGAAGACGACAACAGUGAUGAGAAACAGGAUGAAUGCCAACAUCGUACUUGCAGCCCCACCUACUUCAAGUGUUCGAAUGGCCACUGUAUCCCAGGGCGCUGGAAGUGUGAUUACUAUGACGACUGUCGAGAUGGAUCAGAUGAGAUUGGCUGCACUCUACGUAACUGUUCGGAAUCGGAGAUGAUGUGUGCAAAUCACAAGUGUAUUCAGAAGUCCCUGCAGUGUAAUGGUGAGGUGAACUGCGAGGAUGGAAGUGAUGAGAUACACUGCAACACGUCGUGUAACCCUGGGACAGAGUUCCAGUGUAAGAAGGUGAAGCAUUGCAUCCCGAUCCGGUGGAAGUGUGACGGUGACACGGACUGCGCAGACGGCACUGAUGAGUGGGACUGCGAUCGAAACUGUACAAAUGAAGAAUUCAGAUGUAACAAUUCUAUCUGUCAACCAUUGCUAUGGAAAUGUGAUGGUGACAAUGACUGUGGGGAUGGUUCUGAUGAGAAUCCAGAAAUGUGUGCCCACUCUGCGUGCCCUCCGAGCCGAUUCCGCUGUAAGAACAACUUCUGUAUCUGGUCGAGUCUCGUGUGUGACGGAAACACUGACUGUGCUGACGGAUCUGACGAAAUCAACUGCCCUAUUAAAGAGAAGUGUAACCAUUAUGACUUCAAGUGUACGACUGCUGGGCCGUGUAUACCGAUUGCGUUGGUGUGUGACAAUGUGACCCACUGUUCUAAUGGAGCUGAUGAGAACACCACCAUGUGUGAUCUGUACCGUUUGAAUUGUUCUGUUAACCAUGGUGGAUGUGAACAGAAAUGUACUCCGCAUGGAUGUCGUUGUGAGCCAGGCUUUGAGCUCAUGCAAGACGGAUUUGCCUGUAAAGCCAUCAACCCGUGUCGACAGUGGGGCGUCUGCUCACAGAAGUGUUCCCAUGACAAUCAGCAUGCAGUUAGCUGUUACUGCGAAAAAGGAUUUAAAAGUGCACCCAGUUUUAAAAAGCGUGAUUCGUGUGUAGCUGUAGGUGAUGCUCCACGCUUCCUGGUUGCUGAAGAAUCUCUCGUGCUGACCGUCUCCAUGUCUCGGAGUAGCGACGGGAAUCUCAGCAAGCCACUUCCUGGUUAUUCCGAGGAAAAUGAUAUACAUGUGGUUGCUAUGGACGUUGAUACAACUGGUGAUGAAUGGAUUGUAUUCAUGGUAGUGGAGAACAAUGGGAUCUGGUCUGUGAGAAAGGAAAACAUUGUCCCGAAAACUGAAAAACGAUCUCGAAGAGAUGCCGACACCAGCGAAAGUCUUUGGUUUGGUCACCAGAAGAUCAAGAGUCUGGCGCUGGACUGGGUGCUGCAUCGGAUCUACUGGAUGGAUGCCACUACCAAGUCUAUCCAGCUGAGAAACUACGACGGCAAACAGCACAUGCACAUAGUAGAGGGGGACAUGAACAGUCCCAACUCUGUAGCUGUCGAUCCGGAAUCAGGUAAACUGUUUUGGACGGACCAGGGCCUUCCACCGAAGAUAGAGAGUGCCAACCUGGAUGGAUUGAACCGGACCCUGCUGGUGACCACCGAGCUCAUGUGGCCCAAUGGGAUUGUCGUCGAUCAUGCCAAUGGCUGGGUGUACUGGUGCGAUACAAAGAAGUACACCAUUGAGACGAUGGAUCUCUAUGGCAACGGGAGGCGAAUCGUGCAGAGGUUUCCAUCGUCUCACCCCCCGUACACCCUGCAGGUGUUCGGUGACUACCUGUACGUCCUCACCUCCAAGACCUGGGAGAUAAUCAAGAUGCACAAGUUUGGCGAUGAGUCUCUCAAGCUGCAGCCCAUGUACACGGGAAUAAACCGCGUCUUCGAUCUCGUCGUCAUGCAGAAACACAAACUCAAAACAUCAAUAACCAACAAUUGUAAUGCAAAGAAAAAUCCAUGUAACACAAGUAUGUGCUUCAACAAUCCCUGGGGUGUGAAGGGCUUCACGUGCCGCUGUCCCAAGGAUGCCACCAUCGAGAACAACAAGUGCAGCUUCCAGAAGGUCGACAACCCGUGCAUGAGCUUCAAGUGUAAACACAACGGCAACUGCAGCCUCAACAUUCAUGACAAACCAAAGUGCAGCUGUACAUCGCGGUUCACAGGAGAUCACUGUCAGAUAGACAGGUGUGAAAACUAUUGUCUGAAUCAAGGCACCUGCAUUGUCUCUUCUUCUCCUACACACCCGCCCACCUGCAGAUGUCCUGUCCGGUACCGUGGCAACAAGUGUGAGAUCUACAGGUGCUCCAACUACUGUAAGAAUGGUGGACUCUGUUCUGUGAAUAGUGACGGCAAACCGAUCUGUCAAUGUCCUAUCUACUUCGAAGGCCUGCAGUGUGAGAAUAACAAAACGAUCACGUGUGAUGACCUCUGUGAGAGGGACAACUGGAAAAGCUGUGCAUCCUGGGCAGACAGGUUAGACGAACCAAAGUGCUCCUGCAAACCGGGAUUUAAAGGUCUGCGCUGUGAACAGUGUGAUGACUUGUUCUGUUACCAUGAAGGCAUCUGCAAGCGUUCCAAUAAUAAACCAUACUGUAUUUGUAAGGAAAACUACGAUACCAGCACCAACUGUAUGGAUUACUCAUGUAAAUAUCUCUGCAGUUUAACAAUGGAGUACCAUGGAGACUGCAACUGCAAAAGUCUGGUUGGUCAAUGUUUGAAUUACUGCAAGAAUCAUGGCAAAUGUUCUGUCAAAGACGACAACAAGGCCGUUUGUGACUGUGGGAAGUUGUUCACGGGAGACCGGUGUGAGACCUGCAGGUGUGAGCCAGGCGGGACGUGUUCUCACAUCUCACAAACACAGACCAUCUGCACAUGCAAAGAAGGAUACAAAGGUCCACUUUGUGAUGCAGUUGACAGCCCAAUUUCUUCAGGCAGUAAAGAUAACCUAAUGAUGUACGUGAUAAUUCCGGUUGUGGUGUCGAUCGUGGUUGUCAUAAUGAUCAUCAUCAUAGUGUUCUGCAGACGAAGACACAGAUUACAACAAUAUGGUCACAAGCGUAUGAAAGAUAACAGUAUGAACGUCAAGAAUCCGAUAUAUCUUCGUCAUGAGUCAGGACUCGAGGAUCAAGAAACUGGACAAAACCUCAUUUUCCGCGGUGACGCUUCUACCAACUUUGCUAAUCCGAUGUACGAUGUGUACAAUGGAGAAAACAUGCCGAUUUUGAUGCAGCAAGAUAACGAACAGAAUGAAUUACUCGAAGAUGGAUUAGCUGUAAAAUAUUUCGGAACAGACAUCGCAACAUCCAAAAAGACUUCUGUUGCUUGAACCGUUCAAAUGGCAAUACCUUCACAAACUCUCCAUUCUGAAGGCACGAAACAGGCCACACAAAACACAAAUAAUGAAGGGAAUGCCUCAGGAUUUAAGAUUCUUUGACCCUUGGAAUUUUUUCAAAACUGUUCAAGGAGAAAGGAGAAUAGAGUUGUAUCAUUGAGGAAGAACAUAUUCCUGUCAGUGUUAGUGCGUGGUAUGAAUUGUUUCUCAGUUUUACUUGAUGCCAUUUUGCUACACAAUCAAAGAGAUCAUAUGGCUCAGGAAAUUCAACUUACUGGGAUAUUUUUGUUUUAUUGUCAUGGAAAAUGUGCAAACUUUUAUUGCCCAGGGCAAAGUGAUGUAAAAUGUAUUAUAUAGUGCACUGAUAUAUUUUUAUUACACAGUACACCAUGAUGUAAACAUUUUAUUACCCAGUGCACAGUGAUAUAAAAAUAUAUAACUGCAAAGUUGGAAGAUUUUAUUACUUACUUUUUAAUUACAAUAUGCAGUGAUAUUGAUUUUUAUUAUGAAGUGCAGUUAUGGGAACUUUUAUUACGCAGUGCAUAGUGAUAUAAGUUUGUUUUAUUACGCAGUGCAUAGUGAUAUAAGUUUGUUUUAUUACAAAUGUAGACUGACUUAUUGUGAAGAAUAUUUGUUACGGCUUUCACUGUGGGAACUCCUUACAUGCAUACACAUCAUGCUGAAUAUAUUGGAGCCAAACUAUAACUAGAUCAUAUGACGAUGUGACCUUGAUCUGUGGGCUAAGGAGACGAUGUGAUGUCGUUGAGUGAAGUGGACUGCUGUGAUUAUACAGAGACAUCCAGAUGUGAUGUCGCUGAGUGAGAAGUGGACUGUUGUGUUUAUACACAGAGACAUCCAGUUGUGAUGUCGUUGAGUGAGAAUCGGACUACUGUGAUUACAAAGACGUCCGGUUGUUAUGUUGGCACGUUCUGGUUGUGAUUAUGUUCAUGUGGUGUCCCGCGUACUCUCCUACUGUUACCCAAAGCAUUCUCUGCAAGUCGUACAGAGUUAUCCCCAACAGUUUAGUAGUUUACCAGACAUUCAGUCCGGUUCUCCCCAACAGUUUAGUAGUUUACCAGACAUUCAGUCCAGUUCUCCCCAACGGUUUAGUAGUUUACCAGACAUUCAGUCUGGUUUUCUCCUCAACAAUUUAGUAGUUUACCAGACAUUCAGUCUGGUUCUCCCCAACAGUUUAGUAGUUUACCAGACAUUCGGUCCAGUUCUCCCCAACGGUUUAGUAGUUUACCAGACAUUCAGUCUGGUUUUCUCCCCAACAAUUUAGUAGUUUACCAGACAUUCAGUCCGGUUCUCCCCAACAGUUUAGUAGUUUACCAGACAUUCAGUCCGGUUCUCCCCAACAGUUUAGUAGUUUACCAGACAUUCAGUCCAGUUCUCCCCAAUGGUUUAGUAGUUUACCAGACAUUCAGUCCGGUUUUCUCCCCAACAAUUUAAUAGUUUACCAGACAUUCAGUCCGGUUCUCCCCAACGGUUUAGUAGUUUACUAGACAUUCAGUCCGGUUGAGAUUAUAAUGUUUAAUAGGGCAAUUACAAUUUAUAACAUUUCAGUCUAGUUAAUUGAAGGAUGGGUUUGUACUGAAUGUUUAUACACUCCAUUUUGACCAUUUGGUUGAGGCAUCUGUAUUGUCUUUCAAGAAUAAGAUAACAUAUUACUUGUUUAGUAAAACAUUUUUUUAAAUUAAUUUUACCUUUUUUUUGAGAAUGCAUAAACAUUUGGUGAUUAUUUUUAAAAAAACCACACAAAAAACAUGCCAAGAUAUUGAGACAUUUUUUUAUAGUCAUCAAAAUCCGAUGAUAUCUCUGUUGGGAUUGUUAUUAUGAUGUAUGUGGCUAUAAGAUGAGAAUAGAGCCUGGUUAAGAACUGGAUAGGCCAAUGGUGGUGUGUAUUUGGGGAAAGACCGGUCUUUCUUCUCAUGUAGGUCUCACUUUCUUUAACGACGAAAAACGUUUGUUAUAAACUAUGUUUGGAGAGUUCAGAAUAAAUUAGUUUAGCCCUAUGUAGUGCCACUGGACCAAGGGAAGAGCAAAGUACAGAGCCAAUAUUAAACUUUUUACAGCAGUAUUUAUAUUCUGUCUUCCAUCACUUCACUUGGGGAUUCACAGAUUUUAUUAUUGUGGAUUUCAUUUGCUAAAUUUAAAUGUUUAUAUUAAAUAGUUAUGGUCCACUAGGUUGCUUGUUUAGUCUUUAAAUUUUGUAAUUGAAAUGAAUUUAGUUAAUAUUUUUUCUUAUCAAAAAAGAAGAAAUUAUUUCUUUAGGCCUGGGAACUUAAAACGAAAUAAACCCCCCACCCCCCACCCCCCACCCCCCACCCAACACCUCACACCCUAUAAGAAAUAAACCUUUAGUUGAGAAUUUUGUCAUGUGUUAGUUUUGUAAUGUCAUGCACAUGUAACCACAUUUUUUGUGUUUGUUUUUUUUAAUGAAAUACAUGUAAGGCUUUGCUGGUCUUUCAAAGUAUUUGUAUCUUUUUCUGUUUUAUUGUAGAAGUUAAAGUGUAUCUGUUUUGUAUAAAGGAAAUAUUUUGACAUGUAAUUUUUAUCAAUACAUAAGUGAUAAUUUAUGAAAUGUUUUGCUAAAACAUUUACAAAAUGGUGUAAUUAUUAUUAUUGCUAACAAUUAUGUUGCUAUCUAUGUAUAUAAGUCGGAAUGUGUAUAUAGUUAAUAUUUUUCUGUAAGCAAAGGGAGGUAAGCAUGAAGAGCAUAUCAUUUAAAAAAAUGUUUUAACAUUUUAUAAUCCUUGUAUAUAUUUAUCAAAUCAUAAUGUUAACAUAGACAUGUUUUACUUUUAAUUUGCCUGCGUGAUGCACGAAGAUGAUGAUGGUGUUGUCUUGUGUUGUUGCUCGUGUCUUGGUCAAAGUGUUAGAUCUUGUUUUGAGAACAAGUGCAAUACAGAUCACUGAGGCAGCGUCUGCCAGACAAGAAACCUGUAGAUCACAGUUGACUCCCGUGUUGGAAUGGGACAAAUGCUGAUCUACUUCAUCUGGUGCUCAUCCUACAUUGUGUUUAAUUCCACUGUCAGCUAAAACUUAAAGGGUUAAUAUUAACAUUAUAAUAGCAUUAAGAAAACAAACCUCAAAAAACGUUUUUAUUAAUAUUUUUGGCAGAAUUUAAUCAGUAAAAAAAUGAUUUUCUGAUGAAGGAUUUGUUAGCAUUAAGUACUACAGAUCUUUGAAAUGAUAAACAGAUCAACCCUGUAAUAUAUCUGUGCCAUUCCAGUACCUUUACAUUGCCCUGUUUGUACACAUUAUUUCGCUUUGUAUAUUUAUCAUAACAACAUUAUUUCUGUUGUAUUUUACUUCUUGUCUGGAAUCUUACAUUCCAUUGUUUUUGUAUGUUCGUCAUGUGAUAUGUUGGCUGGCCCGUUGCUUACAAGUGUAGAGUUCAACUUUGCUGAAGUGGCCUUCCAUAGAGUGUGUCCAAUCUUCAGUGGCUGUUAUACACAAACUCAGGGGUGAAUCUAGUGGGUUGGGAGGUAAUGUUUUCUCCAGGAAUUAAUUGGAGUUCUCAACUUUGAGUAUCAGUAAUUUUUCCAUAUUCUUGCAGGGCUCUGUAAAUUUAUAUACCAUUACAACAUUGAUCCAUUCUUGAUUGCCAGUCUAUAGUAUACAACAAAACAAUAAAGUCAAGUAGCAACUAGUGGUUGGAUUUCCAAGGUCUAUAAUUAUAAGUGCUGGAUUAACACAACAAAUCAUGUAAGUCGAGUUAUAAGUUCUGGAUUAAUACAAAUGAAUGUAGUUAGUGAUUAUAAGUGCUGGAUUAACACAACAAAUCAUGUAAGUCGAAUUAUAAGUGCUGGAUUAAUACAACACAUCGAUUAACACAAAUGAAUGUAAGUUUGCCAGUGUUAAAUUUGAUCAUGCUUCUUUGAUUUUGCUUGUACCGGGUACAUGCAGUGUUUUAACUUUCAACAACCACUGAUGGAUUGGCAUACUUCUGGGCCCAUGCUUUUAAACUUACAAAGUCUGCAAUCAAAACUAACAAAUCACUAGCAUAUUCAAGGUUGUAUUUAUGUGCAAGACAGAGUCAAGUGGAGAUUUAUUCACAGUUGUGAACUUGAGAAUCUAUACUAGUUCACUGUCUUGAUUGUAGAGCAGAAAACAUCAAAAUUGGUAGCAUAUAUUCAAAGGAAAUUCUAUGCAUGUAGUCGACAUGUUCAGGCAGGAAAACACAACCAUGACAAUGAUGAGAUUAUAUGAAAAUUAAGAAAGGCAUUCAAUUAUAAAUGAUUACAUAAGUGAUUGUUUUUUUAUUGGCAGAGACUGUUUUAAAUCAUAUUUCUUAUUGAUUGGUACUGUUCUGUCAGGUUUCUUAUUGGUCAGAACAUUUCAUAUCCGAUAUUUGUCAUUCAGUAUUUUUAUCCGAUAUUUCUUAUUGAACAGUGCAUUUUGUAAUUGUCAUUCAGGUGUUUCUUACUGCUUAAGACUUCAUAUGAGAUGUUUCUUAUUGGUCAACAAAUUGUGGAACAGAUAUUAUUAUCAGGUUAAAACUAAUAGUGGUGUUUGUGUUAAAGGUUUGAAUCAAAAUUCUAAUCUUUUACAACCAAUGUAUAGUUUUAUGUUUAAAAACAUCAAUCAAAUGAUAUUGCCAACUGUUGGAUAACAACACUUAGUUUUAAAUACAUUUUAUACUGUAUAGAUGCUGUUAGUAUUCUUGAUUUAUUUAUUUUUCAUUGGUUGUGAUUUUUCUGCUGUCAUUGUGUACAUCUGUUUGCAUAUUCUUAGUAAACAACAUUAAACUUAUUUACUUAUAUUAACUCUGUAUUCAUUUUACACAUUUAUGAAAAAUUAAUCUUCCAUAAUCACAUAUUAAAAUUUUCCAUAUAUUUGAGUAAUUAUCAGUCAGGUUGUGCAUUGUCUAUUGAGCUGAAAGAAAGCAGUAAACUAUGUGGGACAUAUACAGAACUCCAUGUACGUUGUUUUCUCUUCCUAUUUAUUGCACGAGUUUAUUUUGUGCAAGAAUAUAUACCACGAGUGAUAAGUUCUUUCGCAAAAUAAACGAGUGCAAUAAAUAGGAAGUGAAAACAAUGUAUGUGAAGUUCUGUAUUUAUUACAUACCUUCUUUUAUGUUUUACAAAAAUGGUUUUUAAUUUAACGUCAUAUCAACACUUUGUUAGAUCUAUGUAUCAAAUACAAUGUGACGUAAUUUGUAAAUUAUAUGUGACAUCAGUAAAUAAAAGGCACUAACUGCAGUAAAAAU